AUGCGUAAGUCCAGUCCUGGAUCGGUACCUCUCCAGGCCCCAGAGCCUUUCGCUAUCUUUGAUUGGGAUCAGUCCUUAUUCGGGCUAGGCAGUGGAGCAGAUGAUAAAGCGAGCAGAGAUCAUCUUCGAAGAUCGAAUGGAGGUGGAGGUGGUCGAUGGCCUGGUAGCGGUGGACCUGGAGGGCCUGGAAGAAACGAUCUUGUCAAAGAAAUUUGCUUUCUGCGGUAUUACCCAUAUAUUGACUGGGAAGAGCAAGGAGUUGCGCAAGACUUGCGAAACCAUCUCGCAGGAAUGGUGGAGUUCAAAAAAGCUAAAUGUCUGGGUAGCGCCCAGACCGACAGUGGCAUGGGAUGUGGUUUCGCCGAUUUUUCACUUAUUUGCUUUCAAAUGUGCUUAAUUGGGCUCGGCUUCCCUACAGUCCAUUGCCACGCCUCCUCAUUAUGGGCGGUGCUUCGUGACGCCUUCACGCUAAAUCACUACGACGCGUGUUCGCUGAUGCUCCGCUUCCGUAAUGGGAGUCUCACCUUCCUCUCAACGAUUCCAGCUACUAUUGCCUUUCUUGAGCGAUGA